AAAGCGGCGGCCGGCGGAGUCUCUGCUGUGCGCCUCGCCCUCCCUCCCAGACGCCGCCCUGUCCCGGCAGAGGAUGAGCAGCAACCAGUUCAACAAGGGGCCCAGCUAUGGCUUGUCCGCUGAAGUCCGCAACCGGCUUGCCCAGAAAUACGACCCACAGAAGGAAGCCGAGCUGCGGGUAUGGAUCGAAGGCAUCACUGGCAGAGAGAUUGGGCCCGACUUCCAGAAGGGGCUGAAGAAUGGCGUUAUCCUUUGCGAGCUAAUAAACCAACUUCAGCCCGGUUCUGUAAAGAAAAUUCACCAUUCAGCUCUAAACUGGCACCAGCUAGAGAAUCUCUCCAAUUUCAUCAAAGCCCUGAUUAGUUACGGCUUGAAGCCCGUCGACCUCUUUGAGGCGAACGAUCUCUACGAGAGUGGGAACAUGACACAAGUCCAGGUGUCGCUGCUGGCACUGGCAAGCAUGGCCAAGACUAAAGGGAUUGACAGCGGCCCGGACAUCGGGGUGAAAUAUUCGGAGAAACAGCAGAGGAACUUUGAUGACGCUAAGCUGAAAGCAGGCCAGUGUGUCAUUGGUCUGCAGAUGGGCACUAAUAAGUGUGCCAGUCAAUCGGGGAUGACAGCCUAUGGCACCAGGCGGCACUUGUAUGACCCAAAGAACCAGAUCCUACCUCCAAUGGACCACUCAACCAUCAGUCUGCAGAUGGGCACGAACAAAUGUGCCAGUCAGGUGGGCAUGACGGCUCCAGGGACCCGGCGGCACAUCUAUGAUUCCAAGACAGGCACGGACAAAUGUGACGAUAGCUCUAUGUCUCUCCAGAUGGGCUACACGCAGGGGGCCAACCAAAGUGGGCAGGCUUUUGGCAUGAGCCGCCAAAUCUAUGACCCCAAGUACUGCCCUCUGGGCAGUCCCAGUGAUGUAACCAAUAACCCAGACAGGAACUCACCUGAAUAUUACUAUUAUCAGGAACAGGAAGAUUAGAGAGCCUGCAAAGUUGGUGUUUCCUUUUUCCUGUAACUUUUCCUGUAACACUUUCUGCCUCUUUUGCCAGCAAUACUGCACAGUAUCUCAUGUAUUUUGUAACCUAUUUUUUAAAGAAAAGGAAUCCUUUGCCUAUUUUUUUAAGCAGAGAUGCAAAAUAAAGGUCGUGAUUUUAA